AUGACAUUCAAGGAAGAGAGAAAAAGACGAAAUAUUAAACAUACGGUGAAACAAAAAUAUGAGUUUUCGUGGAAAAGUUUUAGUGUUACCAUAAGAAGCCUCUCAGCAAAUGUUUCUUUACUUCAUGAGACAAUACCAAGGGAUCCUCAAAAACAGAAAUACAAAGAAAUAAAAUCAAUCACUUUGCUUUCCACCUUCGUCGACAGACAACAACAUAAUAACAGAAUUUUCCACACCCCUUCUAUGUUUUCACUUCACUUCCCUCAAGAAUCACAAGAAAACGAAUCUCCAUUCAAAGGUUUGAGGGGAUGUUGGAAGAUCCUUGAUGUUCUAAAGAGAUCCACCCCCGAGCUCAAAAGUUUUCUGUUUACGUUGAAGAAAAAUGUUUUUCGCAGAACUCAAAAUGAACAUCGGGAGAAGGAAGAAGAAAUAAAUGAAAUGAACAAAGCACUUAAAGGAUUAAAGGAGAAGUUUCUGGAAUGGUAUGAGACGAAAGAUUACAAACACACACUCAAAUAUUCAGAUGAAAUAAAUAAAUAA